CAUGGUUAACGUAAUAUGGAGAGUAUUUGUUAGCGUAAUUUGAGGAAUUCACUGUCAGACAUGGAAAUGCAACUUAUAAGCUGCAAAGAACACGAGACAAAAGUGGACGUACAAACAAACCCAGGAGAACAAACUGACGAGACAGAGGAAAACAACUGUAAUGUCAAUGAUAAGAGCAAACUAAAAAAAUCCAGCUUACCUGUAGACAAAGAAUCGACAACAAGUCUGAAGAAUACUUGCGAUGGCAAUGCUAAAAAAGGUGAAAUUCAACAGAGGAAAACAAUAUCAUGUGACAAUCAAAGCAAAAAUGCUACAUUUGACAUUGGAAAACGAUGUAAUAACUGUGCAUUUGAAAACAACAAGUAUGACAGCUUCGAAGUGAGAUGUAUUAAUUGUUUUACAUUAGAAUGUUUACACUGCGAAAAUAAUUGCGAGUGUAAUAAUAAAUGCUGUUGUAGAGAAUUAAAAACAAACUUGAAGAUGAUUAUUGAAGAUGCACACGAUUUAUUAUCAAAACAGCUGUCUUGUUAUUUAUCAGUUGAACAUCUGAACAGUUUUUCCUCUACUUAUGAGUUUAGGUUACAUGGUGGAAGAACAACGCUACAGGCUAUCAUAUUUUUAUGCUGUCAACCGAAGUCUGACGAGUCUACGCAGAUUGAUCAACAGGACAGUGCUUGUUGUGAUUCGUCGUCAAAGAACUAUCUCAACAUAUUUAUCCUAGAUGAACUUGAGGAUCAAAAGGUACACAUACAUUUGGGAAAGAUGAAUACCAAAAGGGUUGUUACCAUAUAUUCAAAAGCCGAGUCGGAGAAAGAGAAUAGAUUCGUCCAACAACUCACGGGGCAAUUAAAACGAGAAGAUAUACAACUUUCCAUUGUGAAUGAGUUCAGUGAAAGUUUGGAAGAAGGUACAAUGCCGGUCAUUGUCACGUGUCUGCUUUACUCACGAUUGUAUUCAGACAUACAUCAAGCUUUGUCCGGGAUAAAAGAGAUAUUUCACAAAAAAGUUAUUUUGGUACUAUUACACUUUAAAAGAGAGGAUACAAGGGGAUUAGCACUGGAUCUUCAGAGAGAAAACAAGUUCCAAGUUUUAAAAUAUGUUGAUUUUUUUCAUCAAAAAGGACUAGAAAACAUGGAAAACGUGAUAAAAGAAAUUAAACGAGCAAUAUAUGAAAGCCGCUAAGAUGAUAAGUUUACCUGUGAAGAAGUACCAUUAUUUCAGGAAAUAUGCUAUUAAAGUGACAACGUUUACAUUUGGAUUUAUUUUUAUUUGCUGUUUUUAUGACUUAAAGUUUGUUCAGAUUUUUUGAUUCAAUGUAUUUUUAGCUUACCUGUGCACAAAGUGCUCGGGAUGAGCUAUUGUGAUCGCUCACCGUCCGCUCACAUACAACACUCUGCUUGUCAUGCCAUCCGAAACGAAAAACUUAAAACAAUCUGACUAAAGUACUUAAUCUUCUAAACAAAGAUCUGAGAAUGACACAUUCACAUUCGUCUUCUGUGGACUUUGCAUUUCCAAUAUCGCUAUUUUUAUUUUCGCAAAUCUAUUUUUAUUUGAACCAAUCACACGACUUGUUCGAAUGUCUUUAGAUCCUAAGCGUAGCGUAAUAGGAGAUGUACUUAAGUCAGAUUGAAUUUAAAAAUCUUCUUGUAAAAGAACUACAAGUCUUAGGCUUUGAUAUUUGGUAUGUAGCAUCAUCUUGUAGUCUUCUACUAAGAUUGUUCAAAUUAUCCCCUUAAGGACAAAUAGGGCCCUGCCCUUCGGGUCACAUUGUUUACGUAGACUUAUAUAUGGAAAAACUAGAAAAUCUUAUAGUUUUAAACCAUUGGGAUAGGGCUUGAUAUUAGUUCAAGAAAUCCGUGCAUAAAAAGGGGCGAAUUGUGCACUUUCUGUGAAAAGCAUGAAACUUGCCAUAGUAGUAGAUAAAUAUUAUACGCUUCAUUUAAGACAGACUGGGGUGCAGCUUGUUGAAAAUCAAGAUGGUCGCCAUAGUUCAGUAUACUAAGAAGAUGAAAAACAAGUGUUUGUAUCCUGUAUAAAAGCUUUGGCAUAAUAGUGGCAUAUAAACUACGCUUCGAAUAAAUUUCCAGUUUAUAUUGUAAAGUCAAUAUGUCCGCCUAAAUCCAAAAUGACUGUCAAAACUAACUUUUAUUUGCAAAUGGCGAAAUGAUUGAUUAAAUCACGUAAAAGGAUGUUACUUGGAGGAACAAUCAUAUAUUAAGAUAUAUACCCUUAUAUAACCAAGACAAAACUAUUAAGUCCAUUAUAUUCCAAAAUGGACGGCACUAUGGAUCUAUUUAUAGAUUCACUACUAACACUUGAUUGUCUAUACAAGCCAUGUUAUAUAUAUAUAGUAGAGAGAAUUUAUACGAACUAAAUCACCACCACAAUAUACCAGACCAAUUACGGCAAAGCCCGGACUGAAAAUACAUAUUAUCUUAUCCUAUGUUACUUGUAUUCUUUUAUGCUAAACAGUUAUGUAUCAAAGUUGGUUUCUUUUGUUUACAAGCAAAAUUAUAUACGAAAGUUGCCCCCGCCAACCCCUUUCUCUAAAUGCAGCCAUAAGUUAAAACAGUACAUUAAAUAUCAAAGGACAAAGCUCAGAAACUGAUUUCAAAACCAUUCAAAUUAGCAAAAUAAUUUUAUCAACUUCUUUUAUUAUAAGUUUCGUUCAUAUUAAUAAAUGUUUUGUCAAUAUGAGUAAUUGCUUGUGAUUAUAAAUAAUUCUGCAACAAAUGGAUCAAAUAGGUAUAAAACAGGUAAAUGCAUAUGUUAGUGUACAGUGCAUAAAGUAAAGGGGAAAACUGUUUUCAUAUUGAUAUGAGUUUGUUUUUCAAAGCUGAGACGAAAAGUAAAAAAAAGAACUUUGCAGCUCAGACACAGAUGUAAACCUGAGAUAAUUUAGUAACAACAAAAGUAAAAUAAAUACAAUUUCCAGUCCAGAUGUGUAUAAAAGUUAUAUAAAAGUUGUGAACUACAUAUUUUAAUAUCAAAAUCAGUUAUUUUGAACAAUAAAAUACAGUUUGUAAAUGUUGUUAUGUAUAGAUAACUUUUCUCAUUUUUCACUAAGGCAAAACAUUGUUUACUGACCUUGUUUCAAGACAUUAUUCUGUAUUUACUAUAACAUUCUCCUUCAAUCUAGAAAAUUCUAUCAGUAAAGUAUCAAUUAUUGAUAAGCAGUGUAUAUCAGUUAUUUUAAGAAAAGACUGUCUGGAAAUUUCUUUUUAUUCUUUUUGUUACCUGAAAAUUCUGGAACCUUCCAUGAUAAAAUAUAUAGUCAGAUGUUUUAGAUUGAAACUGAACCUGAGAACCUAAGAACCUAAACUGUAGAUAUUGAUGAAACUUUCCUGUAUUUCUUUAAAACAUAUUAUUACCAGUUUGGAUAUUUAAUAUUUGGAAGGAUUAUUUGAAGGAUUUAUACUAAAAAUUUCUGGAUUUAAAAAGUUAUCUUUGAAGAGAGGAAUUAUAAAUCUUGGAUAUUACUUUUGAACUGUGUGAAACAUUGUGGAAUUCAUUCUGACUGGAUUUAAAUUUGACCUGGACAGGAUUUGGACUAUUUUAGUUAUUAGAUUGGAUUUUAAAGCUUUUUGUCAUUUUCAAAGGUAUUUGGAUUUUUCCUUAGAUUCAUGAAAAUUUGUUAUUGUUAUAGUUGCUGGUUUGUCUUUCUGUUACUUUUAUUUACUGUAACAAGAAAUUGUUACCCUCUGACGUAACAAUGUAUAAAUUUGAAAGAACUAUCAAGUACUGAAUUUGUGCUAUUGUCAAUUUAUUGUUCUGUGUAUAAGCAUCCUUUAUUUUUUUUAUUUACGUACCCAUUAAUUUGUAAACAACAUACCCACCUGCUGCAAUGUAUUCUUUCAGCAUAAAACAAUAGUAAUAAUAUGGCUAGUUUUUGAUUUUGCAUUCAGUGUUGUUAUAUUAUAUGGUUCUUUAGGAUUAUGGAAUCCAUUCAAUAUAUAUAGGAUUCCGCUAAAGUGAAUUUUAUGUGGUGUGGGGGAGUUGCACUAUCCAUUACCUCUCAUGAACAGACUCAGUCAAACCGAGGAAAAAUUACAUCUGCAAAUGUUUGGUUUCUACUAAUGAAUAAGCAUGUCAGAUGUAAGAUUAACAGAUAAGUAAGAUAUUAAAAUAAGGCUUGGUCUUAUAUGCCCAUAAAAUGCCAAACAUCCACUGCAAUGUACUGCAAACUGCAGACUUUAGAGAGGAGUUAUACCACUCAACGUACGUUAUCAAUACUUCUGCUCAACGCCACAGUCUCCACAAGACUCCAGUUACGGCAUAAGCAGCCUCUGUACGCUACCGCGAAACAAAUAAAGCGGAAUAGGCCAAUAACAUAUGGACAAAUAAGGUUUUGAUCACUGAGUGGAUUAUAUAUAAAAAUAGCCGCAUGGAAGCCUAUUUGUGACUUGCUAGACAAUAGAAAAUGGACUGCACACUACACGUUCAGACUAUGAAUCAGUAGACACCAUG